AUGGAUUCUAAGCUUCUUUUGGUGGUGCUUCUCGGUGCACUUAUUUGCACUCAUGCUAGAGAGCUUGUCAAUCAAAAGGCCGGUACAUUUAAAGUGGAGAAGACAUUCUUCCACCACUUCCCUGGUUAUGGUGGUGGGCUAGGUGGUGGUGCUGGUGGGCGGGGUGGCUUGGGUGGUGGAGCUGGACUUGGUGGAGGUUCUGGCUUGGGUAGUGGAGUUGGGCUUGGCGGGGGUUCUGGCUUGGGUGGAGGUGGAGGUGGAGGGUUUGGUGCUGGUGGGCAGGGUGGCUUGGGUGGUGGAGUUGGACUUGGUGGAGGUUCUGGCUUGGGUAGUGGAGUUGGGCUUGGCGGGGGUUCUGGCUUGGGUGGAGGUGGAGGUGGACGGUUUGGUGGUGGUGGCUCGAGUUUUGGAGGUGGAUCUGGAGGUGGCUUUGGGUCUAGAGCUGGAGGGCUUGGAGGUGGCAGUGGUGGAGGGUUUGGAGGCGGUGGCAAUGGUGGCGGUGGGGUUGGGGGUGGAUAUGGCGGAGGAGCUGGUGGAGGUAUCGGAGGUGGAUUGCCUUGA